UCGCCACUCACGAUCGUCGCUAGCUGCGCCAUUUGUAUAGUGUUGAGUAAUUUUCGUGCGUAAUUUUAUAUUUAUAUUUGUUUUAAUAAUUGUAAUUUGAACGUUAUGAAAGCUGCUAAGAUUUCAUUUUAAAUAACAAUUGGAUAUUUUGAAGCCAUUAUUAUUCAAAGCAUGCAGUUGUUUGAUUAAUGACCUGGCGUCAAUGGUCUAAAACAUUGCAUUGUAUAAGUUUGCACCUUGAUACAGUGGAGAUGUUUAAUAUUGUUUGUAGAUUUUUGUUGAUUUCGUGUGAAGUCAAGAGAACACUUUUGGAUAUUUGAAACGGUAUACUGUUUUGUUUUUGGGCGUUAUUCAACGGCGACAUACAUUUCCAAAACUUUAUAAUUCAAUAAUCACAUCGGAUAUAAUAAUAGCAGCCGGAAGGAAGCAAGUGGGUCGUCGCUUCUCCAGCAGUUCCCGGCAGUUCUCCAUGGAAUUAUAACACACGUUUGUCACUACCACAGCGGAGAAUGAGUGAGGAAACCAUUGAAAAACGUGCCAACUUUUCUGCAUUAACGACGAACGGUAUAAAUAAACUUACACCUCUAGUAAACUCAAAACAUGGUCAAACGAAAAAAUUAAUAAUAAAAAAUUUUAAAACAACACCAAAAUUACCUGAUAAUUAUGAGGCACAAACUUGGAAGAAUCUGCAUGAUGCAGUUGUUGCUAUACAAACUUCGAAGUCAAUCGAACAAUCUUUAGAAGAAUUGUAUCAAGGUGUUGAAAAUUUAUGUAAUCAUAAUAUGGCUACGCGAAUUUAUGAAGAUUUAGCACGCAUUACUAAGCAGCAUGUGUGCGAUAACGUUGAACAAUUUUUAGUAGAUUCAAUGGAUCGACAAAUAUUUCUGAAGAAGAUGAACGAUUGUUGGCUAUCACAUUGUCGACAGAUGAUCAUGAUACGUAGCAUUUAUCUUUAUCUGGAUCGCACGUAUGUAUUACAAAAUCCAUCUAUUCUGUCUAUUUGGGAUUUGGGGCUAGAAAUGUUUCGAGUACAUAUUAUUAUGAAUCCCCUUGUCCAAGUCCGCACUGUUGACGGUGUUCUCAUGCUCAUUGAAAUGGAGCGAAAUUGUGAUACAGUUGAUCGUACUCUCUUAAAAUCCAUACUUAGAAUGCUUACUGACCUACAAAUUUAUAAAGACAUUUUUGAACAAAAAUUCUUGGACGCUACUGACCAAAUAUAUGCAGCUGAAGGACUUAGACUUAUGGAGGAACUUGAUGUACCAGAAUAUUUAGCACAUGUAGAUAAACGACUUAACGAGGAAAAUGAACGAUUACUUCAUUAUUUAGACCCUGGAACGAAAUGGCAACUUAUACACACUGUAGAAAAAGAAUUGCUUACCGAACAUACUAAUCAUAUAUUACAAAAAGGGUUAGAUAUCCUGUUGGAAGAAAAUCGAGUUAAAGAUUUACACUUACUCUAUCAAUUAUUUUCACGAGUUAAAAAUGGCUUAGUUGAAUUAUGUGCUGCCUUUAAUUUGUAUAUUAAAAAACGAGGUCGAGCGAUUGUUAUUGAUCCUGAAAAGGAUAAAACAAUGGUCCAAGAAUUGUUAGAUUUUAAGGAUAAAAUAGAUAAUAUAAUAAAUAAUUGCUUUCAACGAAAUGAAAAAUUUAACAAUUCAUGUCGUGAAGCAUUUGAGAAUUUUAUUAAUCAACGUGCAAAUAAACCAGCUGAGUUAAUUGCGAAAUUCGUUGAUUCUAAAUUACGUGCUGGUAAUAAAGAAGCCACUGAAGAGGAAUUAGAACGAUUACUCGAUAAAAUAAUGGUCCUGUUUCGAUUUAUACAUGGCAAAGAUGUAUUUGAAGCGUUUUAUAAAAAAGAUUUAGCCAAACGAUUAUUAGUUGGAAAAUCCGCUAGUGUGGAUGCUGAAAAAAGUAUGCUUAGUAAAUUGAAACAGGAAUGCGGAGGGGGAUUUACUUCGAAAUUAGAAGGUAUGUUUAAGGAUAUGGAAUUAAGUAAAGACAUUAAUAUAGCAUUUAGACAAUAUGUGGAACAUGUUCAUAAAGAAUUAUUAACAAUUGAUUUAACGGUUAGUGUGUUAACAAUGGGAUAUUGGCCAACAUAUCCAGCUGUGGAAGUCAAUCUACCAUACGAUAUGGUCCAAUACCAGAAUAUAUUUAACGAAUUCUAUUUAAGUAAGCAUAGUGGUCGAAAAUUACAAUGGCAACCAACAUUAGGUCAUUGUGUAUUAAAAGCAUCAUUUAAAGGGGGUAGUAAAAAAGAAUUACAAGUCUCCUUAUUCCAAGCUCUCGUACUUUUAUUAUUUAAUAACGCUGAUGAGCUAUCUUUAGAAGAAGUCCGAUCAAAUACUGGCAUCGAAGAUACAGAAUUAAGACGAACAUUACAAAGUUUAGCAUGUGGUAAAGCGCGUGUGUUACAAAAAAUGCCACGAGGUCGUGACGUCGAAGAUGGUGAUAUGUUUCAAUUUAAUGCAGAUUUUACAAAUAAAUUAUUCCGUAUCAAAAUUAAUCAAAUACAAAUGAAAGAAACAAGUGAGGAACAGAAAGCAACCGAAGAACGUGUUUUCCAAGAUCGACAAUAUCAAAUUGAUGCGGCUGUUGUACGAAUCAUGAAAAUGAGAAAAACACUAAGUCAUAAUUUAUUAAUGAGUGAAUUAUUCUUACAAUUAAAAUUCCCUGUUAAACCAGCUGAUUUAAAGAAACGUAUUGAGUCGUUAAUUGAUAGAGAUUAUAUGGAACGUGAUAAAGAUAAUCAAAACCAAUACAAUUAUGUGGCUUAAAUUUUGAUUAGUGUAAAGUUUCAUACAAAAAAAAAGAAGUAAGAAAAGUUUCCCUCCUCUAACUAAUAUUGUGUGUGAAUUUUAAUUAUUUGUAAAAAAAAAAAAGACAAUAACCAAACAGAAAAGCAGUGAAUUA